GACACGGCUCGAAAGAAAUGUAUUUUGUUUCAGGAAGUCAGGCAGCUGCCACAGAGUAUAACAAAGUUAACCAUUAAACGGUUUAAUAGAUUUAUGUACUACAUCUUCUUGUAGCUUUCGCGUUCGCCCGGCGUCCAGUGACUUACUGUGAGGAAAUUUAUGCAAAAUCGUCUGUAACAUUUGCACUAGAAAUUCAUUCGAAGGGCAAGCGGACUUCAUGCUUGUCACUAAGAAUAUUUCACUAAGAACGGCCAGUGAUACUUGCAGCUCCAAAAUGUGUGACGCUGCUACUGAACCGGCUGAAGAAGCAGUCUUGGUAGAACCAUCGGAACCAUCGGAUGAGCCGGUGGGAGGUUCUAUGUUUCAGAACAUGUCAUUAAAUAGGAAUGCAAAAAAAAUUAUAAAGGAUGAUGGUUUAUUUGUGGAUCAUGACUUUCCAAGAUGGGACAUGGAACAGCCCGGUCUGAAAUGGAAGCGACCCAAGGAAAUCUGUCCUUCUGCACAAUUCAUCGUGGAUGAAGCCACCCGCAUGGACAUGUGUCAGGGAGUACUGAAUGACUGCUGGCUCUUGUCUGCAUUGGCAUCACUCUCUCUACACCCCGACCUGCUGGAGCGUGUGGUGCCCAAGGGACAGAGCUUCCAGGAGGGAUACACUGGAUCCUUUGUCUUCCGGUUUUGGCAGUAUGGUGAAUGGCAGGAAGUGGAGAUCGACGACUUCCUGCCGACACAGAAUGGCGAGCUGGUGUACUUGCGUUCCUCCAGCAAGGAGGAGUUCUGGAGCCCCCUGCUGGAGAAGGCCUAUGCCAAGCUGAAGGGCGGGUACCAGGCGCUGAACAUGGGCUUUCCCCACGAGGCUAUGGUGGAUAUGACGGGCGGAGUGACGGAGGUGCUGACCAUCGCAGGGCUGCCCAGGGACCUGCUCAGCUUCCUGCAGCCGCUCUUUCGCAAGGGAACCCUCAUCAACUGCGGCAACUCUAAGGGCCCUCUUCAACAGAAGGAUGAGUUUGGAAUCAUGUUCCGACAUGCCUACUCGCUGACAGGGGUGCAGAAGGUUAGGACCAAGCACGGGCCCGUGGAGCUGGUGCGAGUGCACAACCCCUGGGGGAAGGUGGAGUGGGAGGGGCCCUGGAGUGACAUUAACGGCCAUGAGUGGAACCAGGUGAGUCAGGAGGAGCAGAGGCGAGUGAGCAGAGUGAAGAAGGAGGAUGGGGAGUUCUGGAUGUCAGUGCCUGACUUCCGUCAGCACUUUGAUGUCAUGGAGUUGUGUCACCUCCACGAUGAGACGCUGACCAAGCUGGACACCACCCAACGGCCCUGGCACUGCACAAUGCAUCAUGGGCGCUGGAUGCACUCCCGGACUGCGGGAGGUCCUCCCAGUGGAGGUUGGUUCUGGCGGAAUCCUCAGUUCUCUCUGAACCUGGUUAAGGCAGACAAUGACCCCAAUAAUGCUAACACGACUUGCACCUUCCUGGUGGCAUUGAUGCAGAAGCACAAAAGACGUACUGGAGGACAGAUGGCCAUGAAUGUGCACAUCUACCAGGCUCGCUCAGGCUGUUCAUUCCUCUCCUCUCUGGACCUGAGUCUCAUCCGGCCCGUGCUCAGCCUGCAAAAGUACAACCCCCGCAGGGAGGUGGUGCUCAACGGUCACCUAGCACCCGGAAAUUACAUCAUCAUCCCUUCAAUGGCACAGGCCAAUCAGGAGGGAGAGUUCAUCCUGCGCAUCUUAACAGAGCAGGGCAACACGGCUGUGCCUGCUGAUGAUUCAAACAUGGAUACAGACAUUCCCCCAGAGCUCACCCCUCCCAAAGAGCCGCUUCUCCCCUCUGCCGCAACCACCUCCAAGCUAUUUAAGAAACAUUGCAACAGUAAGAGGCACUGUCAACCUGCAGAGCUGCUCAACCUGCUUAAGGAGGCGAUUGGAGGAGUGAUGGCUGGCUAUGAGAAGACACUCUGCCUCGAGCACUGCAAGAGUUUUGUGGUCCUGAUGGAUAGUAAUGGAUCGGGACAGUUGGACUGGGAGGAGUUUCAGGAGCUGUGGAAGAGGAUCAGGACGUGGACGGAUAUCUUUGUAACGUUUGACGAGAAUAAUUCAAAGUCACUUGAUUACACCGAGAUUAAACCUGCUCUCAAGGCUGCCGGGCUGUGGGUGGAUGACUUUUUGAUUCAGCUGAUCAGCAUGCGGUACACGGAGCCAGACAAGACUGUCAGCUAUUCCGGAUUCCUCUAUCUGCUACUCAAACUGGACAGCAUGAUCUGCAAAUUUAACGCAUACGACAUGGUGGGAAUGGGAACUGUCUCACUCAACUAUAGGCAGUGGCUUCACUUGACGAUGUACAACUGAGCUGCUUCAAUUGGACUUGGUCUUUUUUUCCACUAGUUUCAGUUGAGAAUUUUGUUGUAUUAGAUUUUUUUGUGAUCAAAUGUUUUUUUAAUCAACAAAAAUUAUCAAACAGAACAUUCAACACCCCCCUGCCACCCCUUCCCCAGACAAUGGAAUCGAAAAACCAAAACAGUCAAAACCCAGUGAGACCAGGACAGGGAGUAUCCAUCUUUGUGCAUCUUUUUAGCUGUGGUGAGGCCAGCCAGCCAUACACAUUUUUGUGGUAGAGAUAAAUCAAACUUCGAAUUGUCAUUCAAAUGUAGUACUCUGGGACAAAACUGAAUAUUUCUGUUAACCAUAUUGGAUAAAGUUGCAGCCACGUGGCUCCAAGGACUGAUUUGCAGUGGAGCGAUCCCAAAACAUGAGCAUGAAGGUGCCCAAGGACCCAGGGACACAACUCAAAAAUCAGAGAAUGAGUGAGCUUAUGAGCUGAUGGUCAGGAUUAGCUAACAUAACUCAGAUCAGGGAUGUUGGGAUGUUCCUAAAUUUAUGAAACAAUGGUGAGAAAGAACUUGCAAUACUCCAUUUGGACGUUUUUAUACCAGCCGUGUCAAAAAAAACUUGAAUGGCCAUUUUCGAAAUGACAUAUUUCAUAAGAAAUGGCACCGUUGUAACAUAUUUGAUGACCGGAAACUUACUGAAAAAUAUAUUUUUAGCCUGUCCUGCUGUUUCAUAUGUAGUAGUAAGUUGGAGGCUUUGUGACGGUGUUCUGCUUUUUAGUGCACUUGUAUAGUUUGGCCUCUGGAGGGAGACCUUAAUAUGUUCUGUAGUCAUUUCAAGUACCGACAUCUUUAAAAUAUACUCCCUGCACGAUACAAACGCUUUCAGUGUUGAGCUAUGAUAAUUUCUUAGUUAAUUGAGUAUGAUCAUAAUAAUAAAAAAGUUUAUUCUCCA